AUGCCUUCGCUUGCGCAAAACCUUCCAAACCUUAUCCUAUGUCGGAUUUUUGAGCACUCAGUCGAUACGUUCUUGUACAUACGCACCUUGCAGCUUGAAAUGGCAAACUACAAGAUUAUGUGGCCCUUUAUGCACUUGUGUCGUUCAUGGCGCGAAGCAUCUGUCGACUUACUGCUCAGUCACGCGAUUAUGACCAUGAAUCGCAAAUCGCGUAUCCAUCUGGCGAUUGCGCUUGGAGCCUACGAGAAGGUCAGGGACGUUUGUCUUUUGCUAGACACAAGCGAUGUCUUUGACGGCGCAGUGCUGGCUAAACUGAGGCAAGCGCCAUUAACGGGUAGUGUAUUCCCGCAUGUUUCGAGGCUGCACCUCAGUCUUCUUGGACCUCUGCCGUCCGGAAGGCCCAGCAUCGCCUUGCUGGAGGGCAAUGCCAUCGAGUUUUGUGGCGAGAUUCAGCGUAUGUUCCCAGCAGCAACAUAUACCAGCAUCAACCACAGCCCAUCCAAUAGAGACAAUGUCUUUCCUGCAUUUGCAAAAGAGCUCAUGAGCAGACUACUGGCUGGAAAGACUGGCGUUCGAACCAACGGCGUGCCCCUAACUACAAACCCCUGUCUUCUUUCGACACCAUGCUGCUUGCAAAGCAUUGAAACAGUAAUGAGACGCGAAUCACCAGAGUUCAUUGGUGUCAUCAAUCGAAGUUGGCAAACUCUCCAGCAAAUACACCUGAUCGUGCCAUCCUCUAGCACCAUCAAACAGAUUGUGGUUGAUAGCCAAGGCACGGUUGUUACCUAUCCCUGCCUGCGGGAUCUUACUUUGAGUAUCUCCAUCGGUGAAACUAGGCUGCCAGCAUCCGAACUUGCUUCACCAGAUGGAGUGCCAUUCCCAGUGCUGGAAAGGCUGGUGCUUCACUCUCAGUACCCAUUCGCAAACGACAUUCUAUUUCGCAAUAAUGGGCAGUCGCUUAAACAUCUAGAUAUUGAGCUUACAGAGGACACGUUUGCGACAUUCGAGCGGUGCGGCGUGUUUGACAACAGACGACUUGUUAAUAGCCGUGUACAGCACGUCUUUCGUGCAUUUGUCCAUGUGCCAGUCAUCGAGAUCAACCACUGCUCGAAUGUUUCCUUCGACAGCAUCGAGCCGCACCUUGGCGGCCUCUCCAAGACCGUUCGCGUGCUGAAUAUUGCCAGUACGCAUUUGACCACCGAGCAGAUACUUCGGCUAAUUGAAUCGCUCUCGUUCCUCCAGACGAUGUGUGUGACACUUAUUGAAAGCGCAGUCCUUGAGGACGAUGCAGACUAUGCCCAAAAUGGAGACAGAAACGACAGACCACUUUGGCAUGCUUGCGAAGGCAUCAGCGCUGCUGGAGUGAGAUUGGUAUCGGGCCCUGCGACUUCGCAGAGGUUGCUCUAUGCUGGAAUUCAUCAACAGCUUAAUGUCAGACUUCACAUCAGCUUUCGGCUGCAGGUUAUACUGAUGCUGCGUUGCCCCAGCAUUCGGAGAUUCGACUUUGUACUAGGGGAAUGUACAAGCGUUGACAGCUCGCUGAUUACCUCUGACGUCGCAUUUGUUGAGCUCGCUGCUCGAAUUGGGGUUGGAGCCGGUGGCUGGUAG